CGGGGGCCGCGGGGGCCCGGCGGGGCCAGGGCACUAUUUGACGUCGAGGAGACGGAUCACCGCGGCGCAGCGAUACGGCGCGCACCAAUGGAGUUCAAAUGUCAGCAAGUUUGAGGAGGGGUGAGGCGCCGGGGGGUGUGUUCCUCCGCCGCGGCCCCUGCUCUAAACGGCGCGGCUCCUCGGGACGCCGCAUGGCACAUGGGCUGCGGAGCGCCGGGGAAGCCCCGCCGCCCCGCCCGGCCCCGCCGCGCCGCUCCGCCCGGCCCGGCCCGGCCCCGGGAGGGCCCUCUGCGGAGGGCGUGGGGCUCCGGCGCUGCCGGCGAGCAGGUGACACCGCGGGCUGCCCUGCGCCCUGUGCGCGGCAUGUGCGCGCCCGUGUAGCGCGGGCUGCCCCCAUGGGCAGCGGCGCCGGCUCUCUCCUCUGCCCCCCGUCUCUGGAAGCCCGGGCAGGAAACGCUCCUCAUGUCUCCCAGAUAAAAAUAAAAGCGACUCCCUCCUCCCGGCCGCAGAGUGUCCCCGAGCUCGGCCAGACGCGGGGCUGAGCCGGCCCCGCCGCCCGGCAGCGCCUCUCCCCCGCCGCCCCGGAGCGCCGGGCCGCGCCGCCGCCCGCCCCAUGGAUAUCGCAACAGGUCCCGAGUCCUUGGAAAGGUGCUUUACGCGGGGCCAGUCGGACUGCUCAAAGAUGCUGGACGGUAUUAAAAUGGAAGACCACCCUCUGCGCUCGGGUCCGGCCACGUUAGGAGUGCUGCUGGGGUCGGACUGCCAGCACCAGGCCGUCUGCGAGGGCUGCCAGCGGCCCAUCUCGGACCGGUUUCUGAUGCGGGUGAACGAGUCCUCCUGGCACGAGGAGUGCCUGCAGUGCGCGGCGUGUCAGCAAGCCCUCACCACCAGCUGCUACUUCCGGGACCGAAAGCUCUACUGCAAGCAGGACUACCAACAGCUGUUUGCUGCUAAGUGCAGUGGCUGCAUGGAAAAGAUCGCCCCAACAGAAUUCGUGAUGAGAGCCCUGGAGUGUGUUUACCACUUAAGCUGCUUCUGCUGCUGUGUUUGUGAACGACAGCUGAGGAAAGGGGAUGAAUUUGUUCUUAAGGAAGGGCAGUUGCUCUGCAAAAGUGACUAUGAAAAAGAGAAAGACUUGUUGAGCUCGGUCAGCCCAGACGACUCAGACUCAGUUAAAAGCGAUGAUGAAGAUGGAGACGUUAAGCCCACCAAAGGACAAGUAACCCAAGGAAAAGGAAGCGAUGACGGGAAGGACCCAAGAAGACCUAAACGACCAAGGACAAUACUUACUACGCAGCAGAGACGAGCAUUCAAAGCAUCCUUUGAAGUGUCUUCCAAGCCCUGUAGGAAGGUCAGAGAAACACUAGCAGCUGAAACAGGACUCAGUGUGCGAGUUGUCCAGGUCUGGUUUCAAAACCAAAGAGCAAAGAUGAAAAAACUAGCACGAAGGCAUCAGCAGCAGCAGGAGCAACAAAACUCGCAGCGACUAGGGCAAGAAGUUAUGUCCAACCGAAUGGAAGGGAUGAUGACAUCUUACACGCCACUUGCACCACCACAGCAGCAGAUUGUAGCAAUGGAUCAAAGCAGUUAUGGCACAGACCCAUUUCAGCAGGGUCUUACCCCUCCACAAAUGCCAGGCGACCACAUGAACCCUUAUGGAAACGACUCCAUUUUUCAUGAUAUCGACAGUGAUACCUCUUUAACUAGCUUGAGCGACUGUUUUCUUGCCUCUUCCGAAGUUAACUCCAUGCAGGCUAGAGUAGGAAACCCCAUUGACAGGCUGUACUCUAUGCAGAGCUCGUAUUUCGCCUCAUGAAAAUAAAAGAAAACAAACAGCCGGCGUAUAUUUAGCCAGUGACUUUUUCCAGUGCAGACUCUACAGCCAUAUGUUGCCCAGCUCUUCCUUCACAGUGACUCCUGCUGCCUCUGGACUGCAAAGAGCAUUUUUAGGAAGACUGUAUCUGUGUGCAUAUAUGUGUAUGUAUGUAUAUAUAUAUUAAUACCUACCUACAUACAUACAUAUAUAUAUAUAUAAACAAAAUGCACCCACCAGUCCCAUACCCUUGAUUCCCAGCUUGCACCAGACCACGAGACAAGCACGGAAGGAACAGAAGACCCUGCUCGUCAGCAGCCUUUGGUUUGGUUUGGUUUGAGCUCAUCGUUGUAAAGGAAAUGGAUUUUGUGGAAAGCUAGACCUUUUCCUCCUUUCUCUCUUCCUUUCUUUUGGAUGUUUAAACUUUUUUUUUUUAAAGCCACUGAUACUGACAUCAGUCGACCAUAUGACAAAUAAAUCAAAGAAACUGGAGAUUCCUCCCUUUUCUUACUGCAUGAUUCAUACUAUGUUGUGGAUAAAUUGCCAUUUGAACUGUGAGAAGUUAAUGUAAAUGUGACGUUCAACAUUGUUUCCUUUCUACACUUUUUCUACAUAACCUAGAUCUGCUCAUUAGUUUAUAGCCCUUAUGCAUAUGAUACUGAGGAAACUGGUAACAGUAAUAUUUGUGGAGAAAGCCAGUGAUUUCAUAAUAAGAAAGGUCUAUGACCCUGGAGAGGAGAUGCAUGUUAGGGACAGAGGCAUUUAGGUUAGUAUUGAUCUUAAAUAAUUAAAACUAAAGGUGCUUACAAGACAGAGUUUUAAUUUUUUUUGAAGUGUGAGAAUAAAACAUUUACAUUUGUUUGUAAGUAUUGCAGUGCCAAAUUUCAAGUCUAGACCAUGAUUGGCAAACAUGUGUUGUUCAUUCUGUUCUGUUUAUUUAUGUUUUGCAUGAGGCAUAAAUGUGCUGCGCUCCAUUGUCCAUCUGGAAUAAUUAAGCACUCCUUUAGUUAAUUAUCUCGCCUCAGCAAGAAUCUAUGAUAUACAGUUCUAGCCUGAACCAUCAGAAGUCCUGAAAUGUGCACCAACUGGGGAAUAAAAAGAAUGAGAGGGAUCGCAAUGGGAGGUUUAGGUACGUCAAGCUGGAGUCUAAUCUAAGUCCUGCAGGCUUCACACUGACAGGACUCCUGUAUUUACAAUAAAUACUCCAACUAACCUAUUAGUGCAAAUGUAAGAAGAACAAGUACAGAAAUUGAAGGCAAUGUCCCAGCUGAAGUCUGAAUGUCUCAGAUGCUGAAGUUUGAGCAUAUGUCAUAUAGGUUUUUGUAGGGCAUAAAAUAUCAUAAAUAAUAAUAGUAUAGUUAUAAAUAUUGCCUGGUGAUAAUUAUAAUGUGGAGAGGCAGACAAGUACGGUCAUGGCUUUUAGUGGAGAAAACUUCAUGGGGAAAAUUUGCCAGGGUAAUAUCAGUAAUUAUAGGGUGUGUUCAAAAUAGAGCUCAUGGGGAAAGAUUGGCAGGAUAGGCACUUUCUUAAAUAAAUACCUUUAAUUUAUUGACCAUAAUAGCCGAAAACAAGUCCAAAGCAUUGGUUAAUCCGACUCCUCCAGGCUGAGGACUGGUACCAGGCCAGCGCCGCAGAGUCUCCCGUGGGUCUCAGCACCUUCUGCAGGAGUGCUGGACUCUGGGACUCCCGUUGCAGGGGGGGGUCAGGCCAAAGCAGGGCCCCCGCAGCCUCAGCACCUGGGGAGAGAGCAGCCCUGCUGAAUGCCGGGGGCACCACGGCCUUGGCAGAGGGGGGUCCUGCUGCGGAGCCCUGCGGACUGCUGCCCACCCCUUCACUGACGGAGAAAGGUCUUCCUUGCGUCCCGGAGGAGUGGAUGGUAAGGAUCAGAUGAUAGGUCCAAGAGAAAAAAUAAGAUCACAUUCCCCCCGCAGCGUGGAAAUGUGGACCAAGCGUGUUAGAGGUUUCUUGAGAAAGCAAAGUUUUAUUUGCAAGAUAAAUGCGUGCAUUUUCACUCUGUGGAGGUGAGGAAAGCACCAGGGGAGAAGACUAUGCGUGUGCAGUGCAGGAGAGCAAAGCGCAGACCCAAGGCAAGCCCUUCCCGCCGCUGCACAGUGGCAGACUUGCCGUCUGCCACACACGUAGCCCUUCGCACGUGAAGGGACCGAUGUCUUUGCAAGGAUGCCGGGGUGAUGCUCCCCUCCCUGCAGGUUCCCAUCUCCUCCCUCCACCAUGGCAGCCCGAACUGCAGGCUGCCAUGCCCAGGGAGAUGGGUCCGUCCCUUUCUGACAGGGACGUGGAUUUUCAGUUGAAGGUUGUGAGCCCCUGCGUAUGUUUUGAAAUUGGAAGAAUUUUCUUUUCUCACCCAUCCCGUUCAGUUAUUUUUCCCUUUCCUUGUGUAUCAAAAUAAAUAACAAUUUCCUUUCUCUCUGCAUGAUAGCAAACAUCUAUAAAGAACUCAGGUGAUCCUCACUGCUUGCAGGGCAGAAAGCAAGCAGAUUUCAUAUGGCACAUUAGAAACAUUUGUCACCACCGAUCUCAAUGGAUUCAUCAAGUUUUCCUCCCCACCCUUCAGCUGUGCUACUUUAGAGUCAUAGAAAAGCAUCUUCACCAUCUCAGGCAUACCGGGUUUAUAGACUCUACACAUAGGCACAACCUUGCUUCAUCCCUCAUUACUGGCAGGAUCAAAAUGGCAUUUUUAGUGUUUACAGGGACUUAUAUGAGAACUAUAAUGUGACCUACAGUUUGGAGAACUGCCUUGUCCCAACUCUACCUCUGCUGCUGGGCUGGAUGUUGAAAAAACAAUCCAUUUCCAAGGAAAGAAUCAGAUAUUCCAUUUAUAGCUGAAGUAACCAUAAUCUUUUGCUGAUUUUUUGGAUGACUGUUUGCCACCUUUUUUUUUUUUUUUUUCCUUUUCAUUGCUUGUACAUACCAUCUCCUCUUCCCUUGGUGUGUUGUAUGAGGAUGCCUUAGCUGUUUGUUCCCCCAUAUUCUACCAUCUCUGGUGCCACGUGCACAACACAGUCAAGCCCUCUGGCAUGUGUAACAUUUCCCAUGCCACUGUGGGUUGCUGCUGGUCAACGGAAGGAAUGCAUAGCCAAUGAUUUCCAGUGGACCCGUUAUAUCUGGCAAAGGCCAAAGUUCAUUAAAGCAAAAUAAAUGUCACUUCUUUUUGUGGAAUGAAUUACCCUACUGGAGUGUGAUCAUUGUGGUUUUAACCUGGGACCUGCAGUAAAAGAUUAUAUAGCAACCUCUGACCUUUUUGAUUUCUGCUUUACUCUUCUAUUGUCAAGGGAAUGUCACCAAUCAGGUGAAAGUAAAAUGCUUAAUGGGCCAUAUCACAGUAAUAUCUUACACCGAGUCAAAUUGAUAAACUCUUGCCAAAAAUUCUUAGCAUCUGGCACUUCCACGGAAACCACAAACAAUGAUUGCACAUAUGGGAGCUUGAAGGCUAGAGGUCAUGACAGCAGUUUAUUACAUGCACCUUACAGUGAUCAUUUUCCCUAGGAAAUUAACCCCUCUCUAAUAUAAAUGCGUCAAGUAAGCUCUUCAUGGUGUUUCAAUCUUGUUGUUUUGGCUAAGCAAGGAAUACAUGUUAAGCUAAAGUGGUGACAAGAUGCAAUUAAGUAAAAGAUGAUUGAUUAGGUUUCAGUGUUUGCUCAGUAAUGUUUAAAAAAGAUGACUCUGAGAUCAGAAUGAAUAUGCUAGGUAGUAGCUUCCUCAGAGGUCUUUAUUGUGCAGUUACCAGAUCUGUAAUGAUGGCACAUAGAGAUUUCCAGCAUUCAGAAAUGGUUACUGAGCAGUGCGGUCCUUGAUCCCGCUGCUGGGCUCUCGGCUGGGCAGCAGCAUGUUUCCACUGCACGGCUGACUGUCGAGGGGAUGAUUCCUGCUAUGCAUUGCUGUUCUCAGCCCCCCCAUUUACCACAGCACUAUGGAUUAAACCCUGUAUCACAAGUAGUUAGAGGCUGGUGGUAAAUGUGUUUCACAGUCACAACAUGGAAGACAAUUAUAUUGAUGUAAGUCAAGUAUGGUGGUUGCAAUCACUAAGAUUGAAACACCAUCCUAGGCAUUUUGAUCUCCUUUCCUUCUUUAAACUCUGUCAUCAAAAAAAUCCAGAUCACUUGGCUCAGUUGCUGCUAACUGUGCCUGAGAUGUGACUCACGUUAGUCUCACGAUGGCUGCUGAGUGGAUUUUUCAGACCCACCCCGCACAAGUCGGAUGAGUAUUACCAGGUCCUUUGAAGGGGUCAUUGCUACUCUGUCAGCAGCAACUCAGCCACCUCGCUGCGCUGUCAUUGCAUGGGGAAGGUCCUUCAUGCCGGCAAACCUUCCAGGGAUGAUGUGAACCCACUUACCUCUUCCUACUGUGCUCAGGACUCCCUUCCAGUUUCCUUAAGGAUCAGAAUUAUAUCCCAAGCCACCGCCCCAGGGAACCCGGCUCUGUGAUGCUGCUAGGGAUGCUGCAAGCUGGGGUUUGCGAGAGCACCUCUUUGAACCGUGUCAUAAUAAUUCUGGUUGUCCCCAAAAGUCACUAGAAAUUAACAGCAGAAUCCAGGAGGAAGGGAAGGGUUCUUACAAGCCUGGAGCUUGGUCACAACAGUGAAAGGACAGAGAGGCUACUGAAGCACAUCAAAGCCAUGGGAGCUGGAGUCACAGUACCCAAAGUCUCAAGUGUUCAGGAUAGUGCUUUACACAAUCCCAUGCCUAAACCAUGUCAUGCAGAUGCUCCCUGUGUGUGCAGGUCCAUCUCCAGUCCACUCUCCUUGCCCCAGUGGCAUGGGACAGCUGGCCACUGCACCCACAGCAGCGUGUCCAGGGCUUCAGGCAUCCAUUCUCUCUGGUUAGGGGGUCCUUGGGUGCUUGCUUACGUCUUGGCAGGUACCUGAAGUCUUUUGGCUUUGGUGGGAUUUAAGCACAGUCUUGUUCAUUUGAGGCCUGUCUGAAUAAAGUGACAACUGUUUGCCCUUCUCAAGGAUGCAGCCCAGGUCCCCUUGGUUCUGCACGCCCUGUUUCUGCUCAGCAGUGACUGUGAAGGGGCUGCCAGAUACUUUACAUUGGGAACUCUGUUUUUAAGUGAACACCCUAUUUUUUAGCUGUGUAUGGCUGUAUUACUUGUAUAUUUAUAUAUUCUGUAUUUAUGUUAUCGAAAUGUAGUAUUUUGUAGCUGUCUGUUACAAUUUGUUUAACUUGUAAAAAAUAUGACUAUGCUCUCUCAUACUUAACCAGCUACUUAACCAGCUGCCUUUCACCAUAGAUUCUCUGCUCCUUUUCCUCUGUGUUGGUAACAAACCACCAUAAUGUAUGUAGAUCGUUUUUUUUUUUUUAUUUAAUUACUUGUCAUUGUUAAAUUAUUUAUUAGUGUUUUUAAAUUUCAUUUCACUGCAUUUUUUUUUUUCUGCCACCAUUGCCUGGCAGCUAAGAUACAUGAGUUUCUCAUACAUUAUGCUCCUUCCCAUGUGCACAAGUGCGCGUACGCACACACACACACUCUAAACAAAAACAGAAAAAGAAAAAAAGAGAGAGAUUACACUUCAGUAUAUUUGUAAAUAAAA